UGGGAGUCCGAGAAAGCGACCCGCGCUCGCAGCUCAGUCUUCCGCCGGGAUUUCGUUUUUUUUCCGACUGACGAGGAGCUUCUCGCACAGUAUCUCUGCCGUAAGGGCGUAAAGUCGCCGGCCACCACCCGCUGCAGAUUAUCGGAGACGUUGAUCUCUACAAAUUCGAUCCAUGGGAUCUUCCAAGUAAGGCUUUGUUUGGGGAGAAAGAAUGGUAUUUCUUCAGCCCAAGAGACAGGAAAUAUCCCAAAGGUUCGCGGCCGAACCGGGUCGCCGGUUCGGGCUACUGGAAAGUGGAAAGCCACCGGCACCGACAAAAUCAUCACAACUGAAGGAAGGAAAGUCGGAAUAAAAAAAGCCCUAGUUUUCUACAUCGGAAAAGCUCCUAAAGGAACCAAGACGAAUUGGAUUAUGCAUGAAUACCGCCUCUCUGAAUCUACCACAAAAAACGGCAGCGCAAAGCUGGAUGACUGAGUAUUGUGUCGGAUAUACAAGAAGAAUUCAAGCAAGGAAUGCAGCCACGAUUCGUUGACAUCGUGUUCGUCUCUGAAAGAUU